AUGGCACACCAAGACUACAUCAGCGACCUCGUGGCGGUGGUCUUUGAGAACCUUGAGAACCAGCAUGACUGGACUUCUCUGGAAACGCACACGCAUUCAUCAAGCGGCAAGAUCUCUCACCCGCGACCCUUGAUUUCGGGGUUCCCUCCCCGGCGCAUCUACAUUCACCCAGAUGACCAGAUCGAGAUGAUCAGAAACAACACCAUGGGCGCUGCCGAGCAAAAGUCCGAGCUGGAGUGGGUGCUGCCCACGAAUCUAAACGAGAACGUCACGCUCGAUUUCUUAUCCCAGGUUUUCGAUUCAAUGGAGCGGCCCGAGAGCCUGCCCGAAGGUCGUGCCAAACGGCUUGUGCUUGCUGUGGUACAUGACGAUUCUACGGUCGUAUACUACUUUGUACAUGAUGGGAUCGUCAAGCCCCGGCAGAAUUGA